AUGACCAACACUACGGUCAGCCCUCCACCAGGGGAAUGGCAAUCUCCACAGCUAUCUAGCCGCCGGGAGGCUGUGGUAGACCACGAUCACGACCCAGCUCUGUCGGAAACCACACCACUACUUGCACACAGACACGAAGGCCUACAGGAGGACGAAGAUGAUUUUAUAGACUCGAUAUCUCGGCAGAAGAACCGUGGGCUGCGAUGGCCUACGGUGAUCGCACUCGUCGUUCUCUGUCUCUCAGUCAUUGCCAUUCUAAUUCUGAGAUUUGCCGCGCCAUCAAUGAUGAAACAAUAUGCCCAAGAAGCCACAGUUUUCAAGCCAACCGGACUGUCCAUCACAACUUUUACUCCCUCUGGUAUAAAAACGAGGGUGCGUGGUACCGUUGUUUUGGACGCAUCUCGUGUGAAAAACCCAACUGUCCGAGACCUUGGCAGAUUUGGAACAUGGAUAGGGCACGAGGUCGAAUCUGAAAAAUCAGAGGUGGACAUAUAUCUUCCAGAGUAUGAAGAUGCUCUGCUAGCCACUGUUUCUCUCCCUCCGAUCAAAAUUAAUAUUCGGAAUGGAUAUCUUAAUGAGAUCGACUUUAUCGCAGAGAUUGCAACGGGUAAUCCCGAUGGAAUCAAAGGGGCCGUCAGUGACUUGAUUGAGGGCAAUAUUGCCCAAUUGAGCCUUAAAGGAAUGGCGAGGGUCCCGUUGAAAUCUGGUCUUUUGUAUCUGGGGUCACAAUAUAUAACAGAGACUGUGGUGCUGCGAGGUCUGGUGGCCCUUCCCCCCUACCGCUUUUUGAUAUUCCCUCGUUCUCAUUUUCAUGCUUCCUUCAAGGACUCAAGGACAUAA